UAUCACACAGUCUUCAGACAGAGUUGAACUCGGAUCGCCAUCAUCCUCGUCGUCGUAGCUUGCCGCCGGUCUCGUCGUCAACUCUGUCUGAAUGUUGUCGUCCCACAUUUUAAGUUUUAAUUAGUUUAUUGCAAACUUUUACUCCUAUACUUUUUUUUUUCUCCCGGGCGUGUGUUGUUCAGAAAAUCUUAUCGUGUUGAGUGUCAAGCUAUAGAAUCUGUUAUCUGUGUACCUUAUUUGUGAUAUCAUAACCAACCACAAAGAAAUAGUUUAUAAUAAUCAAUCAAUUUUGUUGCCUAAUAAUAAUCAUUUAACAUAAACGCGACUAAAUGAAACUGUGAAACGAGAGCCGAUUACAUAAGCACGAACAGCACGGCGAAAUGGAUUACGUAACUCUUGUGUGGCAUGCACUGUGAAUGAAUAAGUAACCACCCACUGGCUGAGACACAGCCUCUUCGAACGAGCCAAUACAGCGGAAAAUCAAAAUUAGAUGGCGGCCAAGUGAAAAUCCCCCUCUUUAGCCGAAAGUUAAGUCGUCAAAUUAUUGCUGGCCUCACAGAAAUUAACCGCCAGCCGAUUCGCCACGCCCAUUGGCACGGUAAGCCGCCGUGAAGUAGGCAAAGCAAAGUACGAGAAUAUUUAUGCGCACAAGUGAUAACCACGGCACGGUCAACGAAGCAAAACAUUUGCUGCGCUAGGAAAGGGACGACACGGCACGGGCACGGGCACCACAGUGAGCCAAGUGGGAGAUCCAUAACCGGAGUCAGAACAGGAGUCGGAGGAGUUAGGAGGUUUCGGCCACUGCCACAGCAUCACCAUGAAGGGCUUGACGGCGUUUAAGGAGAAGGCGACGGGCGUGUUUGGCGGCCUCAAGCCGAACAUGGAGAAGUUCGAGAUAUCUCAGAGCUACCACACCGGCCACGGCGGCUACGAGGAGAUGGAGGGCGGGGAGCGCGAGGGCCACGGACCCGGCGGCGGCCACGCCUACGACGACGACGACGACCGGCCCGACUCGCCCGCCUCCUUCGAGGAGAUAGAGCGUCCGCCGCUCCGGAAGAUCGACAAGUACUGCAAGGCGGAGUGCCCAUGCAUGCCGGCCCGCUACACCAUCGCCACCAUGGCCUGUGUGGGCUUCAUGAUCGCCUUCGGCAUGCGCUGCAAUAUGUCCGCGGCCAAGCUAAAGGGCGAGCACAACGGGACGGUUUUUAUGAACUGGACGGUUGCCGUGGAGAGCCAUGUGGACUCGUCCUUCUUCUGGGGCUAUCUCAUAACUCAGAUUCCCGGUGGCUUCAUUGCAUCCAAGUUCCCGGCCAACAAGAUAUUCGGCCUCUCCAUCGUCAGCUCGGCAACGCUGCAUCUGUUCGUGCCCUUUGCCAUGACGCUGAUGCACGGCCAUGUGGUGAUUUGUGUGCGCGUGCUGCAAGGACUCUUCGAGGGCGUAACGUAUCCGGCCUGCCACGGCAUCUGGCGCUUCUGGGCGCCGCCCAUGGAACGCUCCCGUCUGGCCACCCUUGCCUUUUCGGGCUCGUAUGCCGGCGUCGUGGUGGGGCUGCCCCUGUCUGGGCUGCUGGCCGAUACCGUGGGAUAUCAGGCGCCGUUCUAUGCCUACGGCGUGUUUGGCAUCAUUUGGUAUAUGUUCUGGAUUUGGCUGUGCUUUGAGAACCCGCGAAAGCAUCCGGCCAUCAGCAUUCCCGAGCUGAAGUACAUCGAAAAGUCUCUGGGAGAGUCGCUGCAUCCGACGAUGCCAUCGCUAAAGACGACGCCUUGGCGGCAAAUGUUGCGGUCGAUGCCGGUCUAUGCCAUUAUAGUGGCCAACUUCUGCCGAUCCUGGAACUUCUAUCUGCUGGUCCUGUUCCAAUCUUCGUUCCUCAAGCACAAGUUCGGCUUCAAGGUGGAGGAGGCUGGCUUUGUGGGCUCCCUGCCACAUCUGAUCAUGACCACGAUUGUGCCAUUUGGCGGUAUGUUGGCUGAUCAUCUGCGAAAGAAUGGCAUCCUGUCCACCACGAAUGUGAGAAAGCUGUUCAACUGCGGUGGGUUUGGAAUGGAGGGUCUGUUCUUCCUAUUCGUGGCACAUUCCUCAACGGCGACAGGAGCCAUGUUUGCUUUGACUUGUGGCGUGGCCUUCAGUGGGUUUGCCAUAUCUGGCUAUAAUGUCAAUCACUUGGAUAUUGCUCCACGCUACGCGAGUAUCCUAAUGGGUCUCUCGAACGGCAUUGGCACGCUGGCAGGCAUCAUAGUGCCCUACGCACUGGAUGGGCUUAUACAGGCUAAUCCCACUGGUUGCUGGACCACUGUGUUCACCCUGGCCGCCUGUGUUCAUCUGGUUGGCUGCACUUUCUACGGCAUCUUUGCCUCUGGAGAGCUGCAGCCCUGGGCCGAGCCGCCGCCCGAGGAGCAGCAGGUUUGGGCACCACCGGCGGGAGCCAUCACCAACACGGAUCCCAGCCAGGCCGGCAUGCUGGGCAACUACAUGAAGGAGACAGCAUUCGGUGCGCCCGAGUACAAUGAGCAGAGCCAAAUGCAGCAAUCAGGUGCCAUUAGCUAUGGCGCCACCGGGCACGUGGCCAACAAUCCAUUUGCCAUGGCCGCCAGCGCACCCAUUGCCGAGGAGCCCGCCCCGCCACCGUACGACGACGUGGCCUACAACUACGACUACACGCAAGGGCAACCCCAGCCAGGGCAGGCAGGACAGCCAGGACAGCCGACCUACGACCCGCAGUCCUACCAGCAGCAAUAAAGGAAUCACUUUAGUCACUGAUAUAUAUCAUAGCUUUUAGUUGUAGUUGGAAAUUGUUUAGCGUUUAUCGUUUGUUCUUGGUGUGUCGUUAAAGUUAUUCCAUCACUCUAUAUGUUGGGUUUUAUUCGAAGAACUGGGGUCGCUAGUCACACACACACAGACAUAUGUAGUUAUAAAUAUCGAGAUCGUACAGCUGAGUAAAAUACUAUAGAGGAAACAUGUUCAAACGAAUUUUCAGCAGAGGAAUGUCACAAGCCACGAGCCACACUAACACAAUGAAACUAUGUACCUAACAGAGAAACUACAUAUGCACACAUAGCAAAAUACAGUAACACAUAGACACUGGAAGGCGCACUCGAUCUGUAGCAUCUAUCAUCUAACGUUACUCUUAAGGCACCAUCGCUUCCGCGAAUUUCUAUUUACAAGCUCCAAUCAAAAACACAAGGCAUAAGGGAAAUAGAGGGACAAGAGGAGGGACAUUUGUGUAUAUCAUAAACUACAUAAUCCAGACAUGCACCACGUCUCAAAGAAUAUUUAAAAUAUAUGUAAACCGAUAUAAUAUAUACAUAUAUAUGUGGAUAUACAUAUCUACAUGUAUAUGUGUGUAUUAUUGACAUUAUUACCACACAUAAUUAUAGCUACAAAUUGUUGUUAACUAUGCAAAUAUGAAAACUGCAAGUUUUAUUACCGUUGAAGAUAUUAUAUCUGUGCAAAGAUCAGUCCCACGGGGCGACAGCAUCUAAGCAUGGGACAAUUUUAAUCUUUAAAAGCUAAGCAAUUGUUGAUGUUCGGCACGAAUGAUAACCAUAAAAUGACAUACACUAACUAAUUCAAUAUUCGUAUACAUAUAUAUGGUUAUGAUUAUUGUUUGUUUGACUUAUUGUGUUUGAACAACACGAGCAAGGCACGAUGUAGGUACUAAAAUAUAUAUUUUAGCCACAUAAGUAGAUAGCAGUAGGCGCAAUUAACCUCAGACUUGGUCUUCAUAUACUCGUCACACACUAACACAGACUAUGGGUCGAUUUCUUGUCUUCUAAACACAUUUAUUAUUUAUUCAAUUUCAGCCGAAUACAGAAGAUUUUCAUUUUAAAAUUGUCACUAAACCUUAUGGCUGCCUUGUUAUUGUUUCUCUUUUAAUUUUCUUACAAUAUACAUAACCUAUUUACGUCCUUCAAUAAUUUAUAUUUAUUUUAUUUAUUUGCAGAAAUCGGCUCUAAAACUGAUAGAAUAAUUAUAAAAUAUUUAAGAGUUUAUUUGGGCUUUAUUCUCAGAGAAUCAUUCUCAAUAAAUAUGCUUGUAUUUUUGACUGCUGAAAUUAAAGUCCACAUAAAGACUAUCAGAACUAAUAUUUAACCAAUUUAUAUUGUAAAUAUAUUUUAUUUUCCAUACAAAAAAGCGCACAACACUCUAUUUACAAUUAACUUUAAAAAUGCACCAUUUAAUUUUUAUCGUCUUUGUUUUCGUUUUGGUUUGCACUAUUAACAAAUGCACACUUUCAUUUUAGCGCACAAAUUUGAAUUGCAAAUGGCACCUUUUUAAUAUAUUUUAUUUAGGUUUCUUAUGCACCAGCAUUAAUUUAUUGAUUAAACCUAAAAUUUGAUUAAGAUGCACUCAUUUUUUAAGCACUACUAUCUAGUCGAUUGUGCAAUACUUUAACAACAAAUGUAUCUAGGAAUAAGUAUUGAAAUAUAUAUAACUAUAUUUAAAUGUAAUUUAAUCGAUUUAUUCACAAUUAAAACACUAUGUAAUAAAUAUGUGAACAUUUUCUAACUAAAAGAGUCAAUUCUUAUACCGUAAUUUGUACAGCGCAGCGAAUAUAAAUAUAUAAACGUAUGUAAUCAAACAAGUUUAAACUAUAUAAGUAGUACGUAAUUAUGGAAUUUUUAAAUCUAACAUGCGGAAUAAUACUUCGUGUUUGAUCCAUGAAAAUAACAACCAAAACUGCUUGUGAAAGUGACAAUACCUAGUGAAGUAAGCUUAGUAUAUAGUUCAUUAGCAAUUAUUUAAAAUGGAUUUCUAUUUGUUUACCUUCUGUUUGUAUUUGGGCACAAAUUUUGAAUGCUUCUCAAAAUGUUGGCCCCUUGGGCAUAUGUGUAAUAUUAGAAUAAUUGCUAAACCAUUGUGUACAUAAAAGCAUAGCGAAAUGCAACUAGCGUAGUUAUCUUAAAUCCGUAUGUGUGUCUUCUUAAAUCGAGUUUUCGUCAUAGGAGAGAUGAACACUGACGAGGCUCUCACCAGUCAUGUGCUCAUCUAAACGCACUAAGUUCUUUAUGAUCUCUUUUUCUGUUUGAGAGAUACUCAAGCUCUCGGGGCUGUGUGGACAAUAAUAAAACCAAAUAUGUUAGCCGGAAAGCCACAUAUGAAAAUACUUAAUCACAUCAUUUGACAUGACCGUUUGUAUAUAAUCUAACCUAACAUACAUAUGUAUCAAAUUAGCUAAUAAAUGUUUCUGUGAGUCAUUUAUCUAAGUGUAUAUAAUGCCAAAUUAAGAAAAUAAUAGCAUAAUAACCAAAUAGAAAAAAACGAGCACUACUUAAUGUAAUAAUGGUAACUAUAGCUACAUUAUGCCGGAACCGGCUACGUACUAUUUUAACUCCUAGCCGAACAUUAAUGUUGUAUGUGAAAGCAGCCCUAAGAAACGCUAAGCAGCCAUAUAAAUAAACCAUACACUUUCAUCGGAAGAGAACAAAUAUAGACCGACAAAUACCAUAAGUAUAUUCCACACAAGAUAUAUAGAUAUUAUCCAUACUAUAAAUGUAAAAAAGGAACUGCGGCCAGCCGGAGCUCACAUUAUUUCAACGAAAAGUUUCAUGCUAAAAAAUACGAAGAUGGGAUGGCCAAUCAAUACUUGGAACUGUGUACAUACAUAUAUAUAAAACAAAAUCAAACAAUGUAUUCUUUAUGUUUAUUGAGCGUUCUGUAUGCAAAUUGCUAAAAAUUAAAUCAAAGUCAAAUAUUUAAAAAAAACGAAUGGAGAUCCCUUUUCUGGCAACACCCGCCCAUGUUGUAUAAUUUGUAUGGUCGAUAAACCAAGUUAAUAUACAUAUAUAUACUUAUAUACGUACAUAUAUACAUCGAUGUAUGCUCAUAACAGAAGAACAAAUCCUUAAUAAUAAUCAUAACAUGCAACUCAAAAGAUUCCGAAAGACUCAAGCUCAAUACAAGAAGAUUUUUCAUUUAACAUCCAGCUUCA